UUUUUCUUAACUUUUCUCCUUUAGGUAUCUAACCCACCUCCAUGACUGGAUGAACCUAAACCUUGGGGUUUUGAACUAAGAGCCAACAAGGUGCUGUCCUUGGGUUUUGUUUUUUGUAAUACGCUAUUCGCAUACUUUGCCCAGCUUUUUGCCAUUAAAACCUGCACUGGAGUUUAAAAAAUGAAGCAGUUGAAAAGGAAAAGGAAAAGCAAUUUUAGUGUUCAGGAGACUCAGACCCUUUUGAAAGAAAUUACCAAAAGGAAAGAAGUCAUUUUUUCCAAGCAGCUCAACACGACGAUAAAUGUGAUGAAGCGAAUGGCCUGGGAGGAGAUUGCGCAGUGCGUAAACGCUGUCGGGGAAGGAGAGCAGAGGACCGGAACCGAGGUGAAGAGGCGGUACCUCGACUGGCGCGCGCUCAUGAAAAGGAAGCGAAUGAAGGCCAAUAUGAAGCUGGUUGGUUCUGGGUUUCCUCUGCCCACGUCUGAUUUAGAUGACUCUCUCACUGAAGAGAUAGAUGAAAAAAUUGCGUUCCGAAAUGAUGCGAAUUUUGACUGGCAGAAUGUGGCAGAUUUCCGGGAUGCAAGUGGAUCCCUAACUGAGGUCAAAGUGGAAGAGGAAGAAAGGGAUCCGCAGAGCCCAGAUUUUGAGAUUGAGGAGGAGGAAGAAAUGUUGUCGUCCGUCAUCCCAGAUUCCAGGAGGGAGAGUGAGCUCCCUGACUUCCCUCACAUUGACGAGUUUUUCACCCUCAAUUCCACACCAUCCAGAGCCACCUACGAUGAGCCACAUCUGCUCCUGAACAUAGAGAAACAGAAGCUGGAGCUGGAAAAACGCCGACUGGAUAUCGAAGCCGAGAGGCUGCAGGUGGAGAAGGAGCGGCUGCAGAUCGAGAAGGAGCGCCUGCGUCACCUGGACCUGGAGCAUGAGCGCCUGCAGCUAGAGAAGGAGCGGCUGCAGAUCGAGAGAGAGAAGUGGAGGCUGCAGCUGGUCAACACUGAGAAACCGGCCCUAGAAAACGAACUUGGCCAGGCGGAGAAGUCCAUGCUGCUGCCACAGGACGUAGAAGCAGAGAAGCUGAAACUUGAGCGAGAGCGCUUGCAGCUGGAGAAAGAUCGCCUGCAGUUUUUGAAGUUCGAAUCGGAGAAGCUACAGAUCGAAAAGGAGCGCUUGCAGGUGGAGAAGGAGAGACUGCGGAUUCAGAAGGAAGGGCAUUUGCCUUGACUGCUCUUGCUCCUUUGCCCACCAA